AUGCGUUUCUCCGCCCUCGCCUUCAGCGUGCCCUCCCUCCUCUCCCUCGCCACUGCCCAUCCUUCCUUCCUUCCCGACAUCAACUCCACCACAACCUGCACCCGAAGCCUCCCCGACUUCACAAACUGCUCGCCCUCCGCUUCCUCCGACGACAAGCAAUGCCCGCACGCCUACACCUUUUCCGAAUACGCACCCGGCACCUACCUGAACCAUGAUUCGAACCGCCAGCCGUACUUCCGCUUCAUGAUUCUGUUCAAGAUGAACCCGGACCUGUGCGAGGAGCAGGCCAAUGAGCACUGGAAGACGGUGCACGCGGAUCUCACGCUCGCGAUGAAGGGUACGGGGGUGCUGAUUGAGCGCUAUGUGCAGUUCCAUGCGGAUCAAGCGAGUCGGGUGGCUAUUCAGUCGUUGGAGGAUACGGGGUCUGUGGAGGUCGCGCCAUACGAUGGGAUCGCAGAGUUCCAUGCCAAGGAUGCGGAGAGCGUGCUCAAGUUUAUCAAUAACGCGUUUGGUGAUCCGGUGAUUGGGAAGGACCAGGAGUACUUUGUGGAUGGGGCGAUGAAGCUGCAGGUCAUGGCGGGAUACGAUACGCUUAUCUAUGGAUCUGGUAUCAGGACGUCAGGCGGUACUGAUGGCAUUUUGCCUGGGGACCCUCGCUUCAACAAUGGUCAUUAGAAGUUGGGGGACGUCACCGAGUUUGAUGUUGGUCUGGCGCGGGGUACCAUUGUUAGAGGUUUCUGGAGUUUCUCGGGGU